AAUCUACUUUUAUAAAUCACACAUUUCUAUUAUACAACAAUGUCAGCUAAAAUCCCCAGAAACUUCAAGCUCCUUGAAGAGCUCGAGAAGGGCGAGAAAGGCCAAGGAGCAGAGGCUUGCUCCUACGGUCUUGCGGACGGAGAAGAUAUGAUGAUGAGCAACUGGAACGGAACCAUUCUCGGCCCUCCUCAUAGUGUCCAUGAAAACAGGAUAUACAGUGUCAACAUCCAUUGCGGUCCCGAUUACCCAGACAAUCCUCCUGAGAUCCAAUUCAUCUCACGGGUUAAUCUGCCUUGUGUAGACCAACGAACCGGCAAGGUCGAUCCCACAAAACUGCCAUGUUUGGCUCAAUGGAAGCGCGACUAUAGUAUGGAGACCAUUUUGCUCGAAAUGAGAAGAUAUAUGGCUCUUCCGCAACACAAGAAGCUUCCUCAGCCUCCGGAGGGCUCGAACUUCUGA